AGACAGGCAACAAGCGGUCAUUCUAUUUCCGGUUCAACGGGGACCUAACAGCGCGGAUUAGCAAGAAGUACCAGUUGUCUUCGCAGCAAACUUUCCUUUCCUUUAAAUUUUAUAACAAGCUGUAACCAUGUCUGGAAGAGAAGGAGGUAAAAAGAAACCACUGAAGGCUCCCAAGAAACAGAACAAGGACAUGGAUGACGAUGAUGUAGCCUUCAAGCAGAAGCAGAAGGAAGAACAGAAGGCCCUGGAUGCGUUGAAAGCCAAAGCAUCAGGAAAAGGACCUUUAAGCAACAAGCGGUCAUUCUAUUUCCGGUUCAACGGGGACCUAACAGCGCGGAUUAGCAAGAAGUACCAGUUGUCUUCGCAGCAAACUUUCCUUUCCUUUAAAUUUUAUAACAAGCUGUAA